AUGUGGUGGCUACUGAGAACGGUGUAUCUUAUCCAUAUAUUUGGAAGUAUACUUUGUUUAUUCAAGCCCAAACCCAGAAAUCCUGAAGCCAAUAUGAAUAUUGGUGAGAUAAUUUCUUACUGGGGUUAUGCUUACGAAGAACAUGAGGUGGUGACUGAAGAUGGUUACAUCCUCCCUAUUUUCAGAAUUCCACAUGGAAAGAACGAGUCUAACAAUUUAGUUCCAAAGCCAGUAGUAUGCUUGCAGCAUGGAUUGACUCUCUCAGCUUCUAUUUGGAUUCUGAACCCUCCCAGGGGCAGCCUAGGCUUUUUUCUGGCAGAUGCUGGUUUCGACAUGUGGCUGGGAAACAACAGAGGCAAUAUCUAUGCUAGGAAACAUGUGUACCUAGACCCAGAUUCUAGAGAAUUCUGGGCUUUUAGUUAUGAUGAACACAUAAAAUACGAUCUUCCUGCCACCAUUGACUUCAUUGUGAACAAAACAGGACAGAAACAAGUUUACUACGUUGGCCAUUCCCAGGGUGCCCUUAUAGCCUUUGGGGCAUUUGCAACAAAUCCACAAUUGGCUCAGAAGAUCAAAAUAAAUUUUGCACUGGGUCCAGUUGCAACUCUUAAAUAUGUAUCAGGGCUCUUUCGCUUAAUUGAAUACAUGGAACCAACUAUGACCAAGAUUGUCUUUGGUGAAAAAGACAUAUUUUCCAAUUCAGAUGUUAGAUAUUUUGCACAGUUUUUGUGCCAGCGUGAGACCAUUGGAACAGUGUGUAAUAAUUUACUUACUUUGCUAGUUGGAUAUAACCCCCAAAAUUUAAAUGAGAGUCGUCUUGAUGUAUAUGCAGGACAGGCUCCUUUAGGAACUUCAGUCCAAAACCUGCUUCAUUAUUCUCAGGCAAUUAGAACAGGAGUAUUCCAAGCUUAUGACUGGGGAAGUUCAGCUCUGAAUAUGCUGCACUACAGUCAGCCUACACCUCCAUUGUAUAAAGUAAAGAAUAUGAUGGUUCCAACUGCCAUGUGGAGUGGUGGACAAGAUAUUCUUGCAAAUCCAAUAGACGUUAAAAACUUGGAAGCCAAUAUCUCCAAUCUCAUUUGUCAUAAGAAGAUUGAUGAGUACAGUCAUUUGGAUUUUGUGAUAGGUUUAAAUGCUCCCAAGGAAGUGUUCAGUGAAAUUGUUACAUUCAUCAGUAAAGAUCAGUCAACCUGA